CAGAAAGAACCAAAAUGUUGAGGUUAUAAAACAAUUUAAUUCUAAGUGUGAAUUAUUUAAACAAUUUAAAUAAAUUUUUAAUAACCGUGAAAUCUCAUUAGUGUUGAGCGCUCGUACAUUCUUCCAAAUCUGUGUAAAUUUCACCAGCUACUAUAAAUAAAAGUGAGGUUAUGUGUAAAUCAUGUCUUAAAACCACCUUUCUGACUAAAAAACACCAUGUCUCCGCUUAAAAUACACCGAUUCGUGGUAAACUUACUCCGAGUGACUUGUAACAACCAAUUUUCGGCAAAGACUCGCGUUUUUCACGGCAGCCCCCAUCUCCAAAAAAACACAAACAAUACCCAAAAAACCCGCAUUAAAUCGACGUUGUACUAUGCGACGGCAGCGGGAGUGGUCACCGCGGGGCUUAGCUACGCUGCAGUCCCUCUAUACCGUCUUUUUUGCCAAGCCUACAGCUAUGGGGGCACCACCCAAACCGGCCACGACGCCGCCAAAGUCGAGACAAUGUCGGCAGUGAAACACCGCCCCAUCAAAAUCAAAUUUAACGCCGACACCGCCGCUAGUAUGCGGUGGAACUUCCGCCCGCAACAAAGCGAAAUUACGGUGCGCCCUGGAGAGACAGCUCUCGCGUUUUACACGGCGAAGAACCCCACUGAUAAACCUGUGAUUGGGAUUAGUACGUACAACGUAGUGCCUUUUGAAGCCGGACAGUAUUUUAAUAAAAUUCAGUGUUUUUGUUUCGAGGAGCAACAACUGGACCCCCAUGAAGAGGUGGAUAUGCCGGUGUUCUUUUACAUAGAUCCGGAAUAUGUGGAUGACCCUUUGAUGGAAUUUAUUGAUGAAAUCACGUUGUCUUAUACGUUUUUUGAAGCAAAAGAAGGGUUGAAGUUGCCAGUGCCAUCAUUUGUGAAGUGAAGUAGGUGAUAAAUAAAUUGUUUUAUUAGCGCA